AUGGAGAUCAUCACCGACGCGCGCGAGAUGCGCGCGUGGACGCGCGCGCGGCGAGCGCGCGGCGAGCGCGUCGCCUUCGUCCCGACGAUGGGCGCGCUGCACGAAGGACACCUCGCGCUCGUCGACAUCGCGCGCGCGCGGUGCGCGUGCGACGCGGUCGUGCUGUCGGUGUACGUCAACGAGACCCAGUUCGCGCCCGGGGAGGACUUCGACGCGUAUCCGAGGGUCGGGGACGCGGACGAGCGCGCGGCGCGGGCGCGGGGCGUGGAUUGCGUCUUCGCGCCGAAGCGCAUGUACGCGAACGAAGGCGAAGGCGAAGGCGCGGCGCACGAGACGUACGUCGAGGUCGCCGAGCUGAGUAAAGGACUGUGCGCGAAAACGCGACCGCACUUCUUCAAGGGCGUGGCGACGAUCGUGACGAAAUUGUUCAACGUCGUCGAGCCGGACGCGGCGGUGUUCGGGAAGAAGGAUUAUCAGCAGUGGCGCGUGAUACGAAGGAUGGCGCGAGAUUUAGAUUUUGACAUCGACGUCGUGGGGGGGGAGAUCGUGCGAGAGAGCGAUGGGUUGGCGAUGAGCUCGAGGAAUUUGUUGCUGACGACGGAGAAUCGAGAGAAGGCGACGGUUAUUUAUCAAAGUUUGAGCGAAGCGAAGGCGACGGCGGAGCGCGCGCCGACGACGAGCGACGCGCUCGUGACGCGAGUGAGCGAACGCAUCAGAGACGGUGGAGGGGAGGUAGAUUACGUGCAGGCGAUGGAACCGGAAUCGUUGACGCCGUACGUGGGCGUGCUGGAUUCACCGUGCGUGAUAGCCGUCGCGGCAAAGUUUGGUAGCGUGCGUUUGCUCGACAACGUCGAAAUCAUGUGCGGUGAAUAG